UACAGCACAAGAUGGCGGCGACCAGAGAAGAAUCAGCAGAGAGUGAACAGCGGCGGAGACGCAAGCAUGGGAUGCUCAAGAUGUAUUACGGACUUGAUGAUGAAACGGGAGGAGACACCAGUGCGAGUCCCAUUGACAUCGACGGGGCACACUUUGAUUCAGAGAUCUACCUGACUAAACUCAUGAGAGAAAAGAGAUUGACUGAGCUGGUAGAUCAGGAGGUUGACAUGGUUAAACAGAUCCGGUCGCUAGAUAGUGAUAUGCAGACCUUGGUGUAUGAGAACUACAACAAGUUUAUUAGUGCAACAGACACGAUUAGAAAGAUGAAAACAGACUUUAAAAAGAUGGAGGAGGAGAUGGAUCGCCUAGCAACCAACAUGGACGCCAUCACAGACUUCAGUGCUAAGAUCAGCGGCACCUUACAAGACAGACGAGAGCAGAUAACCAAGCUGAGUAGCGUCCACAUGCUUCUCAAAAAGCUCCAGUUUUUAUUUGAGCUUCCAGCCAGACUCAAGAAAUGCAUUGAGAUGAAAGCGUACAGCCAGGCUGUCAGGUACUAUGUGAAGGCCAGGGCUGUCUUACUUCAGUAUCAGCACAUGUCAUCGUUCCACGGCAUUCAACAAGACUGCAAUGAGAUUGUCAAUGAGCUACGUACAAAACUCAGAGAGCAAUUCGGCAAUCGAGAGUCGAGUGCACAGCAACUUGCAGAGAGUGUGGAUCUUCUUCUUCAGUUAAAGGAACCACCGGAUGAACUCUGCGAUGAAUUCCUCUCUCAUGCAAUGCAGAAGCUUGAUGAAGACUUAGCGGAGAUAGCAGCCCAGGUUGAUCCAGCGUUGGUUGGUACCCAGCAGAACGAACAAGAUGUUGAGACUGAGGAGAGAGAUGAGAAGAGACCAGCCGAGAAACUCAUGCGAAGUAUACCAAUGGACAUCCUGGAGUUUGUUGACAGUAGUUGUAACAGCUUCUUGAGUAACAUCAGUCUACUCAUUGCAUCUUAUAAGGAGCUGUUUGUGGACAGGCAAGCAACGGAUUCACAAGAACAGGAGGCUCUGGAGCAGGUGGCACACGCUAAGCUAGCUGAGUUUGUCAACUCCCGUAUGCAGCAGUACUUUGUGUACAUUGAUGACAGGAUCAAAGCAGAGAAGAGCACAGUGGAUAACUCCUUGCUGGUGCGCGCCCUUGAUCGUUUCUACCGUCGGCUACUCGCAACGGACCGCCUCGUUCCACAACUCAAGAUCAUUGAGCGUGCCUCGGCCAUCAUAGCCCAGAGUGGUCAUGAGAGGGCGCUGUUUUACUUUGAUGGACUGAAGCGUCAUUUUUCAGAGUGCAUGACGGACAUUCGUCAGACUCUGUGUGCCCCGAGAUCUGCUGGCAAGAAAGAUAAACUAGACAUGAUAGAUCUACUGAAUACAACUUCAACAUCCAUUGUAGAACAGAUCAAGGCCAUCCUCACAAAUCUCAAGGCAUUUAUUGCCAACGACAUUACAUUCUCCCAGACGCCAUAUUUCCGAGGUCCAUUCUGCCAGGACGAUGUUCGUGAAGGCCUCAUUGUGGCAUUCUUCAGACACAUGCUAACUGCUUCUUGCGACCUCUGUGACGGAGUCGGUGAGAAGAGUUCCUCUACAGCUCCUCCCCUCAUCCUUGUUCUCUCAAGACUUCUUCUAGACUUUGAGUCGUCUACAAUCAGUCAGUUGAUGGUGUUAGGGGAUGAGCUGUUCGCUACGGACAACAGACGAGGUUUAACCCAAGCUUCUGUCCUAUGCUCAGAGGCUCAGACAGCUGCACAGAGACUACUGAACCACUAUGUCAAACUUCAAGGGCUACAGAUAUCUCAGAUGCUAAGAAAGAGUGUCGACACACGAGAUUGGCUGAAUACCAUUGAGCCACGCACAGUGCGUGCUGUCAUGAAGCGCGUCGUAGAGGAUAUCACCAACAUUGACGGCCAAGUGGGGGCGCUUUACGAGGAAGGAACACGCAAGGCUCACAGUAGUGACUCUAGUAGGAGAGCUCUAAGCUACAGUGUAUCUAAGCAGCAGCAGCUACGCAUGCAGAGAAGCUAUGCAUCAAGUAACACCUUUGACACCAGCUUGAUGAGUAAUAUACAGAAGCUGUUUUCAGAGAGGAUAGAAAUCUUCAGCACUGUAGAGUUCUCUAAAGUCUCCAUUCUUACCGGCAUCGUCAAGAUCAGUCUCAAGACAUUUUUAGAGUGUGUUAGACUGAGGACGUUUGGGCGUUACGGAUUGCAACAGAUCCAGGUUGACACGCAUUAUCUUAACCUCUACCUUUGGAGAUUUGUAGCUGACGAAAAAUUGGUUCAUUUUCUAUUGGAUGAAAUAGUGGGCAGUGCUCUUCACCGAUGUCUAGAUGCGGUUCUAAUGGAGACCAGUAUUGUUGAAGUUAUCUGUGACCGUGGAUGAAACACAAAUACCCAGUUGCUAUGGCAAUGAUCUGACCCGAGAGCAAGCUAAAGGUAUCUUUCAAAAAAACAUAUUGGACCAAUAUUAUUGCAUUUUUGUUUGUUUUACUAGAACGUGUAUAUCUUGGGCUGUAGAAUCAGUUCUACUACGCUUAGAAAAAAAAUGGUACUGUUUUUUCUUGGUAAAACAUUAAACGGUGUCCAAAAAAGGAUUCAAGCGUGAAAAAAGAUAUUAGCGUGCGGUACUCUUUCAUGGCGUGGUGUGAGGUGCUAACUUAAUAGGGUAUCGUGGCUGAGUGGAGAAGAACACCGACCUCAAGCUCUGGUGUGUCUGUUCAGCAGAGUGUUAAUUUGAAUCUCGAUCGUGACACUUGUGUACUUGAGCAAGACACUUCACCUUAAGUUUCUCUCCACCCAGGGGUUAAAGGGUACCAACGAGACCACAGGUCUUGUUGCUCAAAAUGUUCACUGGCCCAGAAUAGUUUUAUACAAAACCAGAAUCUAAAUUAGAAAAAAAUGUCCUGACACAUCUAAAGAUACAUUUAACCGUUUUAUUUGAACAAGCAUUAAGGAAUGUAAAGAGAAGAUUGAUCUCAUUUGUCUGUAUAAUAUGAGUAUAAGUAGUCUCCUAGCGAUGACUAGAGCAAGCUAGUCGAAACCUUGAGACCAACCAAAGAACUGACUCCGCGGUAGUAAUAGUUAAUA